AUGAAACAGUUAUUUGAAAAUGUUGACGACUGGGCGCAGAGAGAAAAAGAAAAAACACACCCUGUGACCGAUUUAAGCGAUGUUCAAGAAUCCGAGUCUGUUGAAAAUUCACAAACUUCUGACAAUCCAUUGAUACAAAAUGAUUACCGGGGCCCAGAAAACGAUUUGUCGAACGUCCGUUAUAAAAAAAGUAAGAAAAAUACACAGGAAAUGACUACGUUUGAGAAACACUUAGUUGAGAUGUGGAAUUCUACCAACAAUCUUGCUUUUGAUGAGACGUGGCAUUCUUCAAUUCAAUCCUCCCUGAAGCUAGAAGACUAG